AUGCCGCAACGCAGCGGGCCCCCGCCGCGGCCCGAGGGGCGCCGCUGGACCCUGGUGGCGCUGCUGGGCGCAUGCGGCGGCGCCCCCCCCGCCGCCGGCGCGCUGCUGGCGGGGGGGCCCCAGGCGCUGACGCCCAGCGGCCCGCCCAGCCGCUACAUCUUCGUGUCGUCCCCGAGCAUGGGGAACGUUUACUACUCGCAACUCCCAUCUUUUCACGACCUCACGCUGCCCUCGGCGAAGCGCCCAGCCGUGGAGGCCACAGUACUGAUCGACGGCAAGGCGUCCAAGUGUGAGGGGUGGGGGUGCCCCGAGGACGCCGACGAGGGCCUGCGGGAGCCGAGGGCGCUCGCGCUGCACCAGCAGGCGAGCGGCGCGGGCACGCUGUACGUCGCCGACAGCCAGGCAGCCGCCAUCUUCUCCUACCGGAUCUGGAUGAACGAUAUCGGGAUCUCGGUGGGCCCGCAGCGCAGGGUGCUGACCAGCCUGAGUUAUUCCGUGGGCGCCAUGGCGCUGGACAGCCUCGGUAACCUGUUCUUCUCGGAGGAGGCCUGGGGGCGGCGCCAUCCGCAUGCUCGCCGCCUCGGAGGUCGCGAAGGGCGGCAAGGCGGCGGUGGCCGUGUACUCCGCGGCGGACGCCUCGGUGAAGGGCCCAGCCGGGCUCGUCGCCGACAACUUCUUCUCGGGGGCUGCUGCGGAGGUCUCUGGCCCAAGGGCGACACCAGCAGCGGCAUCGUGGCCCGCGCGCCUGAGCGUCGCGCCCAGGGCUCCAACGCGUCGGUGGAGGUGCUCGCCGCGAACAGCGACCUGUACCAGGAGAUCGCGGUGAACGUGUGCCUCGCGCGCGACAACCUGUUCUUCACGGGUGAGUCCGAGUACCUGUUCGCGGUCAAGAUCUCUGGGGGGAUGAUCGCCAACGUCUCCCGUGCGUUCUCCGCGCCGAAGGGCUGCGCCUACGACGGAGAGAGCACCCUAUACGUCGCCGACGCCGGCAGCAACGCGGUCUAUUCUCUGCCCGCGAACAUGGCAGCGCUCCGCCCAGUCAGGCACACGACCAAGGUGGUGUCGGUCGAGGGCCCAGACCAGAUUGCGAUCUUCCACACGGUGGGGGACGGCUUGCUGGAUCAGACGACAGGGGCGAUCCACGCCGCCGGCGCGGCCCCGUGGGGCCCGCGGGCCGCCGCUGCGGCGGCCUCGCUGGCCGCGGCCGCCGCGUGCUGCGCGUGA